AUGUCCGCCAUUUUCAAAGCGCUCCGCCAGCCAAAGCACGCCAGCACCAAGUCUGACUCCGAUAAGGUCGAAAAGAAGAGAAUCAACAGACAACGGGUGUUGCUCAUCUCGUCGAGAGGCAUAACGUACCGUCACAGACACUUGAUCUCGGAUCUGCAGGCGCUUCUCCCCCACGCGAGAAAGGAGCCUAAGCUCGACACGAAGAAGACGCUUUACGAAUUGAACGAGAUUGCCGAGCUCUACAACUGUAACAACAUCAUGUUCUUCGAGUGCCGUAAGCACGAGGACCUCUACCUCUGGAUCUCGAAGCCACCAAACGGACCAACGAUCAAAUUCCACGUGAUGAACUUGCACACUUUGGACGAAUUGAACUUCACUGGGAACUGUUUGAGGGGCUCGAGACCCAUCUUGAGUUUCGACAAGUCGUUCGACACCGAAGAACACUGGAAGCUCGCCAAGGAGAUGUUCAUCCAGCAGUUCGGUGUCCCACCACAGGCCAGAAAGAGCAAGCCCUUCAUCGACCACGUCAUGACGUUCAGCAUUGUUGACGGCAAAGUCUGGGUGAGAAACUACCAGAUCAACGAGAAGGUGGAGCUCAAGGAGGACGAGGAGCUUCAGGCCGAACUAAAGACCGAUGACUUGACUCUCGUUGAAAUCGGGCCUCGUUUUGUGCUCACGCCGAUUGUCAUCUUGGAAGGGUCGUUCGGAGGACCUAAGAUCUACGAAAACAAGGAGUACGUGUCUCCAAACGUCAUGCGUGCCCAGACAAAGUUCCAGUCUGCCCAGAAUGCGAGAGACAGACAGGUCCAGGCCUUGGACAGGAAGCACAGAAAGAGAGACCAGGUGCUGCAGCACGAUCCGCUCUCGAACGAGGCGCUUUUCAAGGAAUGA